AUGAUUACUACCAAAUGUUCACUUCUUAUUUUACUUACAUUUGUUACAAUAACAUUCGUUUAUUCAUUCAGUUCAUCAUUUUAUAAUAUAUUCAUUAAUCGUACUUUUUCAUCAACACCCGGAAAUAGAGUAGUCGAUUAUCCAAAGCAUGGACAACUGUUGAUUGAUGAAACAGAUCUGUUAGACUUUAAACAGUCAUUACCCACUUUGUCAACACACAUUCAACUGUUAAAAGAAAAAUAUUUUAAUAAAACAAACUUAUAUUGCCAAUAUCCAAAAUUAAAUAUUGAUUCAAAAGAUAUAUGGAAUCAUUUGAGACCGGUGAAACAGAAACAGCCGGCGUGUAGAAAAAUACAAAAUUGGGUAUACACGGACAAUGGUACAUUUCGUCUUUCACAACAAGCAAUACAAAACCAUGGUCCAAUUAAUUGUUCUUAUCGCGCUAUAUUACGUGGUAAAAACGAUUUUUCAGUACUGGAUGGACCACUUCUGUCUUCGGUUGUGGAUAAAACGCCUUUAGUGUCGGAUUUUUUUCAUGUCCAUUGUCGUGGACGUGACGGUUCAGUUUAUAGUAAUAUACAUUCAAGUAUUAAAUUUGAUGCCGAUCUACAUAUGCGACACAUAUUGAAUCCAAUGGUAAAAAGUCAUCUAGGUUAUAAUGUUCUAAUGUUCGGUUUUGAUUCUGUAUCACGAAUGACAUUCAUGAGAUUAUUACCAAAAACAUACUCAUUCUUAGUUUUUCAGUUAGGUGCUGUUGUUAUGAAAGGUAGGUCGUGUAAAUCUGUGAGCCACUGCACGGAACAUCCACCGCUUAACUUUACAGGAUACAAUAUCGUCGGCGACGGUACACCAGCUGCACUUUUCCCCAUUUUAACCGGACAAACCGAAGUUGAACUACCAGAAAGUCGUCGUGGCCAUGCUGGAGCUACAACAGUAGACAAAUUUCCAUGGAUUUGGAAAAAAUUUAAGGCUAAUGGUUAUGUGACGCAAUGGGGUGAAGAUUAUCCAUCUAUUGGUACAUUUCAACUGCGUCUGCUAGGCUUUCGUGAUCAACCUGUUGAUCAUUAUGCACGGCCAUUCUUAAUGGUUGCUGAGAAUCGUAGAACAAAACAUGAGUUCUGUUUUGGUUCAAUUACUCGAUUAAAAAGUAUGUUAAAUUGGAUAAAAGAACUAUUUGAAAUGUAUCCUUCAAAUCAACCAAAGUUUUCAUUUCUACUCCAUAAGCAAUAUUCUCAUAAUUCAAAUAAUUAUUUGCCCUACGCUGAUGAUGAAACAUUGCAAUUUCUUCAAUAUAUGAAUAAACAUGGCUAUUUAGAUAAUACAAUGUUAAUGAUAAUGACCGAUCAUGGUGCUCGAUUUUCACACUUUAGAGAAUCAUAUCAGGGAAAAUUAGAAGAACGUUUACCGUUUAUGUCUAUUCGUAUGCCACCGAAAUUUCAAAAACAGUAUCCCCAUAUCAUGCGUAAUUUACGUUUGAAUUCACAUCGUCUGACUACUCCAUUCGACAUUCAUGAAACAUUUUUAAAUCUAAUUGAUUUUCAUUCACAUCAAGGUAAAUAUCAAUCAAAAACAAAUCGUUCCUACAGCCUAUUUCAGCUGAUACCAGAAACACGUAAAUGUGAAGAGUCAGCUGUGGGAAUUCAUUGGUGUACUUGCUCACAAUGGUCAGAGAUAUCCCUGCCAUCACCUAUCAUUGAGCAAUUUGGCAAGGCUGCAAUUCAGUUUCUUAAUUAUUUUGUACGUGAUGCUCAAGAAAAAUGCGCAGAACUAACACUAUAUCAAAUACUUAAAGCACAUCAAGUAUCUACCAGCAGUAAGAAGAAAAAACAAAUCUAUCAAAUACAGUUUGAAACACGACCUGGUAAUGGACGAUUUGAACUAACAGCAACUUACGAUCGGUCCACAAAUACAUUUGAUAUAAAGAAAAAAAAUCUAAGUCGAAUUAAUAAAUACGUUUCAUGGACUGAUCCAUUAUGUUUAUCGAUGGUGGUCGAUGUUGUUGAUGAUGGCAAAGAUAUGUCGAUAGUAUUAACAUGUCAUUUGUGA